CAUUCGGCCGUGCUGGUUGGCGCCUGGGGGGAUGAAAGACUUCACGUUGCCCUUUAAACCCGAGGAGUUGUUGGCCAGACCUGCAGAUGGUCGGCUUUGGGUGGCCGAUGUACCUGACGUGGAGUCAUGGAGUGAGAAGGAGGUGAACAAAGCCUUGGAUGGAGUCGUUGGGCGGCUCCUGACCAGCCAGGGGAAGGACUUGGCUGAAGAGAAGACCUUUUCGCUUCUCUUUGCCAUCCUGCAGAGCUGGCAAAGACUUGAUGAAGCUCUUCAGCCCCGAGUGGUCGACCUCCUGACGGACGCGGCCAAACGCUUGGGUGCUGACGCGCAGAAGCUGCGCAAGAGCGGUAGCGCUGCCAAGGGCAAGGACAAGUCUGACGCCACGGGGGCCGCCUUGCGUAACGCUUCCAAGGUGGCCGCCUUCUUCCUUCGUUGGAGCUGCGAACGUUUGUUGACCUCGAGCGAGAAGCGCGCCGCACGACCUCGCCGCGGCAAGGGUAGCGCUUUGCAGCAGGCGGAACAGCAAGCAGCCCUGGAAGAGGCUAAGGAGGCCUCCAGGGCCUUGGAACGACAGCGCUCCAUGGCUUUAACGGAGCUCAAUGGCCUGGUGGCGCGAGGUGCCAUGCCAUGGUUGUGGUUGAGCGAUCCUACAGGCUGGCAGCAGGUGGCUGGCGCCUGUUCUGAUGGCGGUUUCUUUGCCUUGGAUUCUGCAGAGGCGCUGAAAGGCAAAGACACCAGGCAGGCGGCGCAGCAAUGUAUCGCAGCACCUUUGCUCCAGGAGGGUCAGCAGCAUUCGAAUCUACUGGUGGCCACCGUCUCCAAAUUGCUUCACGGCCUGCGAGGGGUUGAAGGGACUGCUGCCUUUGCGGCCGAUUGCUUGUUGCAAGCGCACAGCACGCCCUUGCCGCGACUGUUCCUCGUGGAGUUGACGCAGCAUUGCACUGCACAAGAACUCACCUCUCAAGGCGCUUUUCAAAGAUCUUUGGCGGCUUUCCUGGUCGCGCUCUCUGAGCGGUUGCCACAUGUGGUCUUGGCCAACAUCAGCGUGCUGCUGCCGCUGUUGGAUGUGGAUUGUUACCCCAUCCGCCAGGCCAUUGUUGAAAGCAUUGGCCAUCUCCUUUCAGCUGAAGGUCGCAAGCUUCCCAGUGGCGCCCACAACGCACAGCAAGAGGAGGGCGAUGGCACUGUUGCAGAUCCUGAGGCAGAGAUUGCGCAGAGCAGCAGCGGCAUUUUCACGCUUGCACCUGCCACAAAGAACGACUUGUUGGAGACAUUGUUCACCCGCUUCCUGGACAAGAGCGUCUGGGUCCGCUAUCGAGUGCUGCAGACUUUGAACAAUUUGGCCUCCAACAACGGGCUGCCGAGGGAGCUCUGGCCGAGGGUCCUGGACUUGGCGAUCCGACGCAUGCAGGACACGGCCAGCAUGUCCAGGAAGGCGGCCAUGCAGCUGGUGCGCAAGCUGGUGGAGUUCCAUCCCUAUGGUCCUGCGCUGAAAGGCUCCGGGGAUGAACGUGCCAAGGCCACCAAGUUACUGAAUGAGAUCCAGGAGCGCGUGAAGAAGUUGAAGGCCGAAGAGUUGGCCGAGCUCGAGGGCACUGACGCCGCCGACGCCGACGCCGAGGGCGCGACGGAGCCGCCGGAGAAGCGACAGAAGCGCUGCAAGGGGAAGACGGAGACCGACGUGAGCAUCGCCCGUGAAGUCGACAAAGACCUCGAGGCCAACGGCGAGGCCGCCGAGGACGCCGGCGAGUCGGCCUCGGCGCGGCACGCGGCGCGGGAGAAGCAGCGGGAGGCCCUACAGCGUAUGCAGCAGUGCUACACUCAGCGUGUGCACUUUGUGGAGCUCUUGGAUGCCGCUGAGGCGCGUCUGCGCGGCUUGUUGAGCUCCAAGACGGCCACAGACGUCACGGAGGCCAUCAGCGUGGUGGUGGAGCUACGUCUGCGAGGCGUACCUGCAGCCGCCAGAGCCUUUCACCAAGUCUUGGGCUUGGUCUGGAGCCGCCAUGGCCCCAUCAAGGAUGCCGCCGUGGAUGCCUUCUACCGGAUGCACCUCGAAGGUCGCGACACUGCCUCGGCCGCCGAAGCAGUGUUGCAGAUCUACAAGGAUGGCUUCAGCUCGGGUGAGACCACCCACACACACCUGGCCAGCGUGCAGGAGCUGAUUCAGCAAGCUGCUGAAAAGGAGUUAAUCGUGGCUGCCGAGGUCAUCCCCAAGAUGGUCAGCGCGCUGGGCGACGGCCGCGCCACUGGGGCGCUGCGGGCCUUGACUGCGCUGAGUGCCACGGGGCACGAUGCGCUGGCGAAGAAUGCGCUGCCAAAGGUGCAGGAGUUCAUCUGCAGGUCCGUCUCCUCCCCAGCAGAGCAGCUGGAGCAUGCGCGGCUCGUGGCUCAGCUGCUGCUGCGCUUUUUGGGCAGCGCCAAAGGUGCGGUGAACGAUGCCGCGGUCAGCAGAUUAUGCGCUGUGUCUCAGCAGUGUUCCUAUCUGGUGGUACAGCACUUUGUAAAGGGCGAAGUGCCCCCGCAGUGGUUCCCUGCGGCCAUGUGCGCCAUGGACUUGUCUUUCGAGUUAGCGCAGCACGGCAGCAAGGCGCUGGAUACUGCGCACCGGUCACCUGACAAGGUGGCGAGGGCCACGUGGCUGGGACUGAUCAAUACGGAGGGAUGGGAAGGAGCAUCUGUGGAGGUGCGCAAGGUGCAAGUGCCCCAACUGGGCUGUGUGGCCUUUGUGGCAGGGCAUUUGGCCUUGAGGAUGCUGAUCUUCCUGGAAGGUUUGCAAUCUGCCCUGAAGAGGCAGAGGCUGGCACAGGAAGAAGCCAAGAUCGCGGAGCAACGUGAGAAGAGUAAGGAAAAGAAGGCCAGCAAGAAGGGCAAGGGUGCCAAGGCCGUCGAAGAGGACGAGGAGAAGGCUGAGACUUCCAUGGGAGGUGUGGGCCUCGAAGAGCGCGAAGCUGAGGCCUUUGCCCAGAUUGCCGAGACGGGACUGCUGUACAGCAACCGCUUGCUGGAUCGGGUGAAGCCAUUGUUGUUCGCAUGCCUGCUGGACAAGGAGCUCCGGGGCUAUCCCUUGAUCCGUCGCGUGGGCGCCAUCAGCCUUUGCAAGUUCAUGACGGUGUCGAAACGCUUCUGCGAGGAAAAUCUGCAGCUGCUUUUCUCAGUGCUCUUCCCAAAGAACGGCAAGGGCCAGUUGCAGGGUGCGACGCAGGAAGCCAUUGCCGAAGGAGGACUCCUGGAGGACUUGACGCUCCGCCAGUCGCUGCUGGUGGCCGUCGGAGAUCUGCUCUUCCGCCAUCCCAAUGUGGUUGAACCCUGGACUGGCCGCCUCUAUAGUACCCUGAGCACGGCCGACGCCAGCGGCAACGCCGUGGAUUUGCGCUUGACGGCGCUGCUGGUGUUGACGCACCUGGUGCUGAACGACAUGAUGAAACCCCGGCCGGUGCUCCUGAUCCGAGCCUUGUGGUUGACAGCAUGCAACCACGAGGCCACCGCCCGUGUGGCGCGGAUCCUCUUCCAGGAACUGGCGAAACGCACCACCAACGUGGUCUACAACUUGUUGCCGGAGAUCGUGGCGCGUCUGCCCGAGCAUGUGGAAGAUGGCGUGGAGGGUGGUGCUGUGGCGCGGGUGCAGUACAUCAUGCAAUUCGUGGAGAAGGAGAAACACAUCGAGGGUCUCAUUGAGAAAUUCACCUUGCGGUUGGAGCAAUGCGCCAGUGGUGCCGGAGGGGAGGUAGCUGCUGAGGCCACCCAAGAGGAGGGUGAAGGAAAGACAGCCAAAGUGGAGGACACUGUGUCUUGCUUAGCACAUGCCCUGGGUGCCAUGAACUAUUCCGAUCGAUGCAUUCUCCGGCUGCACGAUGUGGUGGUGACUCGCAAGGUGGCUCACCUUUUGGAUGUGGUCACCAUGCCACGCAAGGCUUUGAAUUUGGCCCUGUCAUACUACCCGGUGGCCCGUGAGUGCUUGCUGGCCGUAGUGGAGAAGGCGCGUAAGCCCCGCGGCAAGGGCGAAGACGGCGACGCCAAGGCCGCGGCCGCCGCGGCCGCACCUGCGGAGGGCGAAGGCAAGGCCAGUGGCGCGGCACAAGCGGCGCUGGAUGCCAUGGAACAGCUGGUGAACACCUUGGCACAUGGCAAGGAGGAGAUGGAGAUCCCGGCCACGGCUCCGGUUCCUGCGGUUCCUGCCACGGCGCAGCGCAAGGGCCAGGAGGCGAAGCGGAAAAACGCGGAGGCCAAGGAACCUGGAUUUGAGGAGAUGGAGAUCCCGGCCUCGAAUCGAACAAAACCUCACCGCCGAAGGAAACUUCAACAAUCCCUCCAGGGUUGA